AAGAUGGAAAGUUUGUGAAAUGGUAAAAGGACAAAAAAUCAGAAAAGGAAGUCUUAUACUAAAAUGAUAAAUCUAUGGAAAGUAAAAAUAAAAAUAAAACAUCAUACCACCGACUUCCAACCCUAAAGAGGAUUUAUCAAAACCUAUUUAACCCCACGAAGUUGUCUUUGUAGCUAGAUCAUAAUGAAGCCCUCUAGCUUCCCAUCCAAGUCAACCAUUGAUGUCGAGAAAGCCAAUAACAACCAAAAGGACAUAGCGCUGAUCGUUUCGAAGAAUCUCUCCUCUACCAAAGCCAAACACUCGAACUCCGUUUUCUCACCAGUGUCAAUAAACUCCGCGCUCACUUUGGCGGCUUCUUGUCCCGGCGGUUCUUCAGUCUCCGAUGAGAUCCUCUCCUUUCUGAGGUCUUCUUCAACCGAUGAACUCAACGCCGUCUUCAGCAAGAUCGUUUCCGUUGUCUUUGCUGACCAUAGCGCGAACGGUGGACCGAAGAUCUCGUCCGUCAAUGGUGUCUGGAUCGAUAAAACGCUACCCAUUGAUUCAUCGUUAAAGGAUCUCUUUAAGAAUUUCUUCAAAGCUGUUUUCGAUCGCGUAGACUUCCGCUCAAAGGCCGAGCAAGUGCGUAGAGAGCUGAAUAAAUGGGCUGAAGAUCAUACCAAUGGUCUCAUCAAAGAUCUUCUUCCUCGUGGAUCCAUCUCGAGUCUAACCAACUGUGUUUAUGGAAACGCCUUGUACUUCAAAGGAGCAUGGCAAGUUCCAUUCCUCAAGUCCAACACGAGGGAUAGAGUGUUCCACCUUCUCAAUGGAACCUCAGUGGCUGUGCCAUUCAUGAGCAGCUACGAGAACCAAUACUUAAAGGCUUAUGAUGGUUUCAAGGUCCUCAGGAUACCUUAUCGACAAGGCGAUGAUGCUACCAGUCACAGCUUCUCUUAUCAACAAGGCCUUUUCGGUGAUGCUACCAGUCACAGCUUCCCUUUUGGACAAGGUGGCUAUAGUACCAAUGGCAGCUUCUCGAUGUACUUUUAUCUCCCAGACAAGAAUGAUGGAUUGGAUGAUCUUGUGAAGACAAUGGCAUCAACUUCUGGAUUUUUGGAUUGUCACGUUCCAAGAUGCAAAGUUUUAGUUAAUGAAUUCAGAAUCCCAAAGUUUAAGAUCGCUUAUGGCUUAGACGGCUAAGACUUGGGAUUACGUUCAAUGGCGUUGUAUCAUAAAGCAUGUGUGGAGAUUGAUGAAGAAGGCGCUGAAGCUGCUGCUGUCACUUUUGCAUACAGUGAUGAUGAAUGUUCCAUGUAUAUGAACCCUCCUAAGAGGAUAGAUUUUGUGGCAGAUCAUCUAUUUUUGUUCUUAAUUAGAGAAGACAAAACUGGAACUGUUUUGUUUGUUGGUCAGAUAUUUGAUCCUUCCGACAAAUCUGCUUAGGCUUUCGGUUUA